AUGGCACCUCCCCGCGUCUGUCCAGGAUGCAAGUCGAGCGACAUCAAGACCGACUACUCGGCCGGUAACGCUGUGUGCCAGAACUGUGGUCUCGAACUCGAACAGGGCAUUCUCGUCUCCGAGAUUGGCUUUGCCGAGGGCUCGGGUGGCCGUGUCCAUGUACAGGGAACCUUUGUCUCGCACGGCUCCACCGGUGGCAUUCGCGGCAACGGAGCGUCGGUUGAACACAUCAAGGAGGAAGGUCGCAAGCGUAUCCAGCUCAUCUGCUCGCAAAUGGGUAUUCUCCCUUCGGUCCAGCGUGGUGCCCAGCGUUUCUACUCGCUCGCCGUCGACAACAAGUUCAACCGUGGUCGCCGCACAGACUACGUAGUCGCUUCGUGCAUCUACCUCUUCUCGCGUUUUGAAAAGGAUGCGCUCAUGCUCAUCGACUUUUCCGAGCGUCUUCAAAUCAAUGUUUACGAGCUCGGUGCCACUUAUCUCAAGCUCCGCUCCGCUCUCAACCUUGACCAGAUUCUUCCCGAGAUUGACCCGGCCGUGUACAACAUUCGUUUCGCCAACCGCCUCGACUUUGGCAACCAGGCCAGCGUGGUUGCUCGCGACGCCUCACGUCUGGUGAAGCGCUUCAAGGCCGACUGGAUGACGUCUGGACGUCGCCCGGCUGGUAUUUGUGGCGCUUGUUUGGUCAUUGCCGCCCGCAUGAGCGACUUCCUCCGCACACCAGAAGAAGUCGCCCAGGUCGUCAAGGUGUCUCCUUUGACGAUCAAGAAGCGUCUCGUCGAGUUUGCGCAGACUGCCGCGGCCACCAAGACUGUCGAGGAGUGGCGGUCGCUCACCGAUGCCGAUCUGGAAACUCCCGACCAGGCCGAACUGCCUCCUAUUAUGAAGAAGGAGAAGGAGAGGCUGGAAAAGGAGCGCAUCAAGCGCGAGCGUGAAGAGACUGCCGGUGCCGAGGCGGCCGAAAACGCUACUCCCACGCCCAAACGCCAGAAGCGCAAGGCGGACAAUGCACUCCAGGACGCUGCCGACGACGUUGACGGUGAGGAUGGUGUGGCGGGCGAGGACGGCGAGGACGAGACCAUGGAUCCUCUGUCCAAGGAAGACUACGUGGUCGACAUUCAGAAGGCUGGCGACAACUCGACCGAUGCCAAGGCUGUCCGUGCUCGAGAGAAGCGUCAGCUGCUCUCUUCGAUGCGCAAGGCCGACGGCAAGGACGACGACGACGACGAUGAGGAGGAGCUUGUAGCCAUUGCCGACGAGGACGGCCAGGAAGACGAGGACGAUACCGCUGCCGACGACAACCCAGCCGUCUUUGGCGGCUUCCGCAACAUUCCUGCCCCGCCCGACUGGAGCGACAAGAAGGCCGUCUACGCGUACAUUGAAGAGCACUUCUUCCACGACCAGGACGCGCUCUAUGGCGGCAACAAGCCUGCCCUGCACGCCCGUAUCGACCGCUGGUUGCAAGGCCGCACGGCCGAGGAGGUCAUUGGCGAGAUGCGCCGCGUCGAGUGGGCUCACCACGAGCGCGAGUGGUUUGCCAAGCACCACCACGAGUCGCAGUUUGAGGACCUCGACGACGACGAGCUCGACAUGUACUGGGUGAUGGACGACGACGAGCGCCAGGCCCGCGCCCGCAUGUGGCUGUCGCACAACGGCAAGUGGCUCGAAGAGGACAAGGAGCGCCAGGAGAAGAAGGCGGCCUACAACCGCGCCCACGGCAUCGAUCCCAACAAGCCCAAGUCGAAGAAGCGCCGUACGGGCGCCGGCCCGGCGCGCAAGGGACCCUUCCCGUCGGCUCGCGACGCCAUCGACUCGUUUGCCACGCAAAAGAAGUUUUCCAGUCGUAUCAACAUGGACGCCAUCCGCAAGCUCGGCAGCGGCAGCAUGGCCCUCCCGCGCGCGAGCCAGUACGCUGGCUUGCAGAGCAUGGGCGACGACGACAAGUCGGACGAUGGCGAUGAGGGCUACUACAAUGAAAAGUACGAUGACAAGGCCGACUACGAGGAGGACGACGAGUAG